CCUGGAAAUUUAAUCAGCAAAUACAUUUUCAAAGAUUUUAUUCUCUAGCUUGAUUAUGAAUACAGCUGUGUUGUUUGUGGUAACUGCUCUGGGUUUCAGCAAAGAGUUUAGCUGAGGUGCAGGAAAGGGGAGUGUAAAAGUCAUUUUAUCUAAUUGACCCUCAUCACCAAUUAAAUGAGAAUGGCUGAAGUAACUUGUACACUGAAGUGGAUAUUAGUGCAAUACCAGUGUAUGAAGUAUUGACCUAUUGGUGAUGUCAACUCCUCCCCUGCCCAGCUAAAAUAACUGUCAGUGUUAGCUUGUAAUUUUCCAAAUAUCUACAGACGGUUGCAUGAGGAGAGAAUACAGGUCCCCUGGGGAUAAAGAGAAGCGGGAGGAUGAUCACAGUCUCUGGAUUCAGUAAACUUCAGCUUCUCUUGGAAGGAUUCUUGGGGGUCAGAGAAUAUCACUGGGAGCAUUUGGUAAGGGAAGGACAUUUCAGAACGCCUUGGACCUGCCCGGUACAUUAUGUCAGCUGUCAAUGACACAAAAUUAAAAACUGUAAUAUUCCUUCUCUCCGGGCUACCGAGUCAUGGAGACACACAUCUCUGGAUUUCUAUCCCCUUCUGCUUCAUGUAUGUUAUUUCAAUAAUAGGAAAUUCAGUCAUUCUGUUCACUGUAAAAAGAGAUCCAAGCCUCAAUGAGCCCAUGUAUAUUUUCAUUUCCAUGUUGGCCGUCACAGACCUUGGCUUAUCGAUAACCACCAUACCGACGAUACUGGGCAUAUAUUUGUUUAACUCUAGGGAGAUCAGCCUCAAUGCCUGUUUAGCCCAACUGUUCUUUAUCCACUUGCUUCAAUGCAUUGAAUCCUCUGUGCUUUUGUUGAUGGCCUUUGACCGCUUCAUCGCGAUUCAUAAUCCACUGAGAUAUUCUACCAUCUUAACCCCACCGAGAAUAGCCAAGAUGGGACUUGUGGCUGUGCUAAGAGCGAUGGUCAUAAAACUUCCACUUCCCUUUCUCCUGAAACGGUUCCAAUACUGUCGAGCCAAUGUCCUCUCCCAUUCCUACUGCCUGCACCAGGAGGUCAUGAAGAUGGCUUGUUCAGAUAUCACAGUCAACAGCAUCUAUGGAUUGUUUACUAAACUCAUAACAAUGGGGUUGGACUCGCUGCUCAUCUUCCUCUCUUAUGUGAUGAUCCUCAAAACAGUGCUGAGCAUUGCAUCCUACAAGGAGUCCCUGAGGGCCCUGAACACCUGCGUCUCCCACUUCUGCACCCUCCUGCUCUUCUACACACCAGAGAUCAGCUUGUCUCUGAUACACAGAUUCGGGGAGGGCUCUUUUCCGUUAUUUCAGAUUCUCAUAGGCUACAUCUCCCUGCUUCUCCCACCGAUGAUAAAUCCAAUUGUGUACAGUAUGAAAAGCAAACACCUUCGUGUGAGGAUAAUCAGGAUGUUCAUCAAGUGAAGGGUCAGUUCACCACCUGGUCCAGUGACAUGGGAGACAAAAAACAUGGGCCACCUAUUCCAUCAUGGACCUUACAUCCAAGAUGACAUGAGUUACCGAACUCCUGUCCAUAGAGAAGUUUAGAUUGGGUCUAAGUCUGAUGAGGGAUGACAGGGAUGGUGAGGGAGGAUUGGACACUGGGGGAGGGAGACCAAGGCAAGGAGCAGCAUUUACAAAGUGACUGUUUGUGGAAAGCCAGGGGAUCGGUGCGAUGUUGGCCCAUAAAGAGCCAUAUUGGUGGCCGCUCUGACCUCACAAUUCCUGUUGAUAGUCAAUAAAGAGAAGGAAUGUGAAUAUUGUUUCCCAUUAUACCUGGCCUGUCACUGUACCAUCUCUGGCUAAACAUCCAAGGGCUAUGAAAACAGCUGCAGAGCUGUUCUGCUGUAACAAUCGUGUUCCUUCCUGAGCGCUCUGGGUUCAGUAUGACCAAUGGGUGCUGCACCAGCUGUGGAUGGGGGCUAUUCAAGGGGCACAAACACCCACCUUUCCGAUACACCCUCUGCCAGGUUCUUGUGACUGAGUGGUAUCAGAGACAUAAUUAACACAGGAGCAUCAGGAGAAGCCAUUCGGGCAACCCCUUCAUUAAUGGCUUUGCACACAGCACACCUAUUAUGUCCACUCCCCACUGAGGCAGGGCAGAACUGCAUGUCUGAGUAAUGGUCUGACACACAGGAGUAAAGGUAAGAGACUCAGGCCUAGGUUCCCUUCCCGUCCGCUCCAUUUGUGCUGCCCCAGCAAUGCAAAACAAUGGAAACUGGCCUCAACUCAGGCCCAGCUAGCUCCUAUCCCAGCCCAGCUCAUUCAGUGUAGGGUGACCACCUUUUCAAAAAGCAAAAGUGGGACACAGGCCGGGAGCCACGUCCCCUCAGUGACCCUUCCCCUCUUUUUCCCCCUGGAGGCCCCACUUGCUGCUUCUCCUCCUCUAAUGAAGCUCCACCCCCUGUCCAGGCCAGAAGCCAGAGCCAGUCCUUAGAAAGAGCUGAUUAGGGAACCAGAGCCUCUGUGAGGAGCCCCAGAUCCUCUACCUGCCCUGUGCAAGGGACUGGGGGGCCCAAAAGAAUGCCCCAGCCUAUGUCUCUGCCCCUUGAGACACAUCCCCAGAGAAGGUGGAGAGCCUGGGAAUCCUCACAGCAGCCUGGGCUCCCAGGGUAGCUGUAACCGUGCUUUGGUGGGUGACAACUGUGAAUACCAAAUUCAGGACAAACUGCUGAGAAAAAGGGCAGACAGACCCCAAAACUGGUGGUUAUUCUGCCAUUUCAUGUUCCCCACAAAAACAUUAGAUUUAAAGAUGUGUGGUUCUUUAAAAUCAAUAACAUGUGCUUCUGAUUCCAAAGGACCGGCCGCACACCCAGGUCAAUAUAUAGCUCAGAUCUUACCCAA